GUCGGUUGAAAACAUGAUCAUUUCGCAGUAAAGUGUUGCUGAGGAUUAAGAAUCAUAUUUAUCUCGAAAACAUCGCUUUUUGUUUCACUUCUUCCAGUCUAGAACUCAUUGGAACCAUGACUGCAGAGGAUGUUUCCACAGAUAUGCGCGAGGCUAUCCAGUAUGGCCUCGACAACGGUCGAUUUGCUCAAAAUUCCGAGAUCACUCUACUCGAGUCGUUUGGAACUCAAAGUGAAUGGAAAGAAACCGUCCUGCAGAGUCAUUCCCUCAAAGCUAAGCUGCAGGAGAUCAUACACACAUCCACUGCUGCUGUCACGAUCCGAACCUUCCUGAUUCCAUGGAGCGUCCCCAAUGGGCAUGAGACAUCUAUUGGCAUUACUGCUACAGACAUGGAGCUAUUGUGCAACACCAUGAAAAUCAGACCAGUAUUUGUUCGAGGAUUGGUAGAGACGCAACAUUGGAUCAGACUUGGGAAUGGGUUGUUUGUCACUAAGGAUGAGAAUGGAAAAUGUUUGAGCAUAGAUAUAUUUUACAGAUACUUUAAUGGGAGGUGGCUUGGCCGUUCGUUCCUGUAUUCGAAAUAUGAGAUCCAGAGAAACACGAUCACGAACAUUUGGGUCAAUGCAAAACCACGUGCAACGCACAUCUUAAACCCUUUGAUCCAAAACCUUGGGCUCCCAGCUGCUUGCAGGUACUUCAGAAUACACGAACUCGUCUUGCCGCACUGCUUAGAAGGCUUGAGCAGCGAAGGAGGUCAUUUAAGAAAUGGGGUCCUGCAGGAGGAGAAUGGUCCUCAUAAUCUGCAACCGAAAGCAAAAUCCGAAAGCUUACAUAGGCUAUCUUCUGCACUCUACUCGCUAAAGGAAUACUUGUGUGAUCUUGAAGAGUUGAUUGGCUUUCUAAUCAAGGCUAGCCGCAGAAUUGCAACAGUGAUUAAUAAUGACAAGGCAAGUGAACAGCUUCGAAACACAGAUAAGCUAGAGCAGAUUUUGUCAACGACGACGAAAGCAGGGAGGUGGGUUGGAAGUUUUCGGGAUAGGAUCAACAUCCGCAUCAACCUGGCAUUCCAUCUGUCUACUCAAGCAGAUAACGAUAUCAACCUUCAAAUCUCGAGUGCAACCAAAGCCAUCGCACACGAAGCUCAACGGGAUAGCUCGUCGAUGAUCACUAUAGCCGCAGUGACCAUGUUCUUCUUGCCUGGGACGUUCGUAUCAGCCAUCUUCAGCAUGACAUUCUUCAACUUUCAGCAAGAUGGCAUGGGGAAUCAACAAUUUCAAGUGUCUGAGAAGUGGUGGUACUACUUGGCGGUAACCAUCCCACUCACUGUAGCAGUGUUUGCAAUAUGGACAAUAUGGCAGAAAUGGAAAUUCAGGAAUGUCUUAAAGGAUGAUGAGAAGACAGCGUUCGAAAUCAAGAAUAAGUUCUGAGAAAAGGAGAAGUGAUACGGGCAUGUCUUUGGCGCUGCUACCGGUCAAGAGCGAGGGUCUAGUAUAAUUCCAGGGAC